GACAAGUCAGAAAAUUUAAUUCUACAAUGGGGUUUACCCAUUUUAUGGUUGAUAUAAAGAAUAAUAGUUUAAACCUCUUCUUGUUGUGCCUAAUCUGUUACCUAUUCUUUUUCUACCAAGGACCAUUUAAGAAUGAAGUUGAGGGCGUUCAGCCGCCUUUGGAGGGCAAGCCGGACACCAGGAAUCUGUUUGUGAACACUUCGCAAUGCCGGAUGAUUGCCAUGGACCCCCUGUCGCCCAUGGCGCAGCACUAUAUGACACCCAUGCCCAUAUACUGGUGCUACAUGAUCAAGUUGUUGGAGGCCAAGACGAUUGGCGGACGGAACUACCUACAGUUGGUCGCUGGAGCGAAGGAACUUUGGCAGAAGCUCGGAGUUCGGAGGCUGAGCGAAAUUACCUGCGCCUACAAUCGCCUCGAGCGAUUAAACGACUUUCUCAACAAGUACCUGGAAUCGAAGGUAUUUCGCUUCAGUAGGUAUAGUAACUUCACUGAGGUUAAGUCGGGCAAUAUAACACUGAGGGUCUGGUGCUGGAAGGACUUCGGCCGUGUGGUUUACCACGAUGUUCUUUUGUUCCUGCCAUUGCCAGGGGAUCAGUCAAGGAAAGCUCCUAGCCCGGAGAAGCCUGUGAAACGACUCUCCGUUUUGAUCCUGGGCAUCGAUUCUAUUUCCCACAUGCACUAUCUUCGCUACUUCAGUCGAGUAAUGGACUUUUUGGAUCGCUUGCCGCACACAGAGUUCUGGGGCUACAACCGGGUUGGCCAAAACUCUUAUCCCAAUCUGCUACCGCUCCUUAGUGGUCAGAGUGUGGAUGAGGUGGAAUCCCCAAGGGGUUGUUUUGGGGCAAACUACAAGAUAAGCUUCGACCGGUGCCGCCUCCUGUGGAAGGACUUCAAGGCGGCUGGUUACGCCACCAUUUUUGGCGAGGACUCUCGCAAGGGUGGCACCUUUAACUACGUAAGACCCGGCUUUAGGCGCCAGCCCACAGACUUUUAUUUGAGAAGCGUAAUGAACGAGAUCCACAUGUGGACCAAAUACAUCGCCAGAGGUCCUGAGGAGAUAACCUGCAGUGCGGAUCGAGUAUAUCAUCAUGUCCUGUACGACUUUAUCUACCGCUUGCUGCCCCAUAUGCAGGCUAGAAGCCUAGAUCGGGGAUUCUUUGCCUUUUUCUGGCAGACGAUGGGCGUCCACGAUUAUUUUCAGUACGGCGAACAGACAGAUUUGCAAUACUAUUUGAUCCUACGCGCCCUGCAAAGAAGAAAUAUCCUGAAAAGAACCCUGGUUCUCAUUUUAUCCGAUCACGGUCUGCGCUAUGGUCCCUUUGUGAAAACUUUUCAGGGCAUGAGGGAGACCUCGCUGCCAACAUUGGUGGCCAUAUAUCCAAAAUGGCUGCCCAAAAGAUUUCCCCUGGCUGUGGAAAAUCUUCGGGCCAACGCCCAUCGACUGGUGACCACUUAUGAUAUCCACGAGACCCUGAAGGAUGUGGUGAAUCUGGAGAACCUUAGCGACGAGCGAAUUAGGAAUAGAACCCUGCGAUUGCGAAAUGAGCACAAUGUCUCCCUAUUCCUGCCCAUUCCCGAGGAGCGGAGUUGCUUUUCCGCCCGCAUUCCAUUGCACUACUGCGAGUGCGAUGGAUUCAUCAAGAUACCAUGGAUUGCAAAGAGAAUCCAAAAGACUGCCGAGUUCGCCGUGGCGAGCAUUAAUAAGUUGUUACUACCCUAUAAGCAGUGUCAUCAGUUAAAACUCCUCAGGGUGGAGGAUGCCUAUCUGAGGAAAAAGGAGAAGGAGAGCAAUGCCAUCACCGUGCGUGUGGUGACCCAGCCGGGAAGUGGCCACUUCGAUGCCACCGUUCUCUCCAAAAAUGAUAGUUCUGUACUGGGAGACGUAACAAGAACCGAUCAAUAUAGACACCAGUCCUUCUGCGCCCGAGAAGAACCCAUCGAGAUCUAUUGCUACUGUUCUUAGUUUUCACUUUUUUUAUUGUAUUUCCUAUCAAAAAUAAUAAACUAAUCCUCUUGUUU